AGUGCGUGAUGAAAAUAGGCUUGCCAAUGUUGCCACUCAGUAAAUCAAUCCGCAUUAACUGCAACAACAACAACAACAAACUAAUAAAGGCAACAGCCCCUCAUACAUGUGCACAAACCCAAAACACAUUCUUCUGUUUCUUCAACGAAAAAACCUGCAAAGAUACGGUUCUCACCGGGACAAGAAAGGACUUGUUCGGAAGUUGAGAGCAGAGCGAUAUCAGUGGGCAGGAAGGAGGAAGUGAGGUCGAGGCGGCUUGGUUUUCUCCAUGUAUGUAUGCAGCAGACGGCGAGAUCGCAUGUAUACCGCCUGAGUGUGUGUGUGUGUGUACGACUGUGCGUAUGUCUGUUUAUGUGUGUGUGUCUGGAAACUGCCCUUUCACAUGAAGAAGAAUGUCACUCAAGCUGCCUCGCAACUGGGACUUCAGCACCUUCAGAGCUGAAACCAGCAAAAUAGUGAGGAUGGGGAGACAGCAGCUGCCUCCAAGACUGCAAGCAUCAGGUCUCUCUCCGCGGUGGCCCGUGUUCCUGCUAGCUGCGACUUCUGCAGCGCGGUCCAAGAGCGUAAUGCCCGGGGAGGGCGGCACGGGGGCGGGCCGGCCGGAUUCGCCGAAGUCCGGCGAGCCUCCGCUGAAGGCCGGCUGGCUAAAGAAGCAGCGGUCCAUCGUGAAGAACUGGCAUCUACGCUACUUCGUGCUGAAAGGAUAUACCCUGUACUACUACAAGGACGAUAAGGAUAGUGCCUAUCAGGGACACAUAAACCUGAGGUCCAGCCAAGUGAACGAGCUGCCACUGAGCACGGAUGAUCCUGGGAAAUUCCUGUUUGAAAUUAUCCAAGGCAGCAGUGGAGACCGUGAGCGGGAUCCCUGCGUCCUGAUGGCCAACUCGCAGAACGAGAUGGAGGAGUGGGUCCGAAUUCUUCGCAGAGUGGGUGGGGCACCCUCCAGUGGAGUGUUUGGGAGGAGUCUGAGGGACACUGUGAUGUAUGAGCAGAGGUUCGGCGCGCACCUGGUGCCCAUCCUGGUGCAGAAGUGUGCGGAGUUCAUCCGGGAGCACGGACUGAGUGAGGAGGGCAUUUUCCGGCUGCCAGGGCAGGACAACCAGGUGAAGCAGUUCAGGGACGCCUUCGACGCGGGGGAGAGACCCUCCUUCCCCAGUGACACGGAUGUCCACACAGUGGCCUCGUUGUUCAAGCUGUACCUGCGGGAGCUCCCGGAGCCUGUGAUCCCCUGGGCUCAGUAUCAGGACUUCCUCGACUGCAGUCACCUCCUCAACCCCAACGGCACGCUGGGGCGAGACAUGCUGGAGAAACAGAUCGCCCUCCUCCCGCGGGCGAAUUACAACCUACUGAGCUACAUCUGCAGGUUCUUGUUCGAAGUUCAGCAGAACUCCAAGGUGAAUAAAAUGAGUGUGGAGAACCUGGCCACGGUCAUCGGGGUGAACCUGCUGAAACCGCAGAUGGAGGACCCCGUCACCAUGAUGAAAGGUACGACGCAGAUCCAGAAGCUGAUGACUGUGAUGAUCCGGGAGCACGAGACCCUGCUCCGCCCCGCCCCCCCCACCAAGAAAAACGUCCGCAAGAAACAGAGCAUCCCUCGCAGCUUUGUGGGCUGGGACGCAGCGGAGAGUGAGACUCUCUCCGAGUCCCCGGAGGAGGACAGUCCCGAUGGGGAGGGGUCAGAGGUCAUGACCGCGGCGCAGCCACCGUCCUCCUCCUCGUUAGCGGCAGACCCCUGGACAGGGAGCCCCCGCAAGCGGACUCAGACGCUCCCCUCCCUGGGGAUCCGAGACGGGGGCGCCCAGGCGAAGGCCCAGGAGCCCAGCCUGCGCAGGGUCGCCGGGAGCCCCACCCUCUCUGCGGACGCCGAGGGCGGGGCCGACCCCGAAGGCAGGGGGACGCUCUCCGAGGACAUCUUCAAAAUGCUGGACCUGCAGAAGUUCACGAGCGCCCGGGGAGGUCACGCGGUCCAGAGCGGGGGGGCCAAUGGGGGGGGUGUCGCCAUGGCAACCGCCCCCCAGCCCGACACGCCCAAACCCGGCGGCGGCAGCCCCCCCCAGCCCCGAACCCAGCCCCCCCAGGAGGAGAGGGCGGAGGGCAGGGUGGAGAGGGAGGGGGCGAGGGGCCUGGUGUCCGCACCCAGCCCACUGGCCAGAGCAGGGCCCCCAAAGAACACACCGGAAACGCCCGAAAGCCACUUUACCAGUCUACAGCAGAGGAACGAGGAGCUGGUAGCCCGGGUGGGCGCACUGCAGUCUGCGCUGGACCAGGAGAAGCGGCUGGUGGCGGCCCUGGAACUCCGGCUCCGGAACGCUGAACACAGCCGGGACGAGGCGGAGAGACGCAACCGGGACCUGGACAGCAAGAUGCAGAACUUCCUGAGCCUGAAGCCCGCGGGAACGUCGUAGGACUGCCACACACAGGAACGCACCCCCAAAACCCAGAACCCCCCCCUCAAGCCCUCUGACCUUUCACCCCCACCGCCCCCUGCUAAAAUCAGACUGCUGAUUUGUGAAGUCCCUGUGCCCUGGUGUUCAGGGUUCCGUGGGCGGGCGGACAUUUUGAAAUGUAUGCUUAAAGCGCGUUUUUAAAAUGGCGCCCUUGCUGUGCUCCUGAAGGUGGCUGACCUCGAUCCAGGACUGCGGUUCACGGCGGCUGUACCUGUCAGUCAUCAGGACCUCGGUAAACAACAUUGUUCCCCGCGUAGGUCGGCCAUUUUGUGGCGUGUGUGUCCGGGGGAUAUCAGCACACACAUCCCUGGCCUCCAUUUCCCACACUGAUAGUGACACGUCCAUCGCUGCUCCCUCGCACUCUUUCCUGUCAGGUCCCAAGUCAAAACAACUCUAUCGCCCCUGAAUAACAAACAGCGCACCCCAGGGCUAGGGUUCACACCCACAGGCACCGUGAAUAAUGAUCAUAAUAAUAAUAAUCAUAAUCAUAAACUUUAUUUAUAUAGCGUGUUUUAUAAAUCACAGGGUGGCUGUUCUACAAAACUGCUACAUUCGAAAUGUAACAGUAAAACAAAGUAAAAUAAAGACAUUUGAAAUGGUUCAUUGGUGAAAUAACAACAUUGUAAGUGAUUAAUUUGCACACCCUCUGUACACCCUGGAAAUGACAGCAUUGUGCAUUUAGGACAGCAGAUGAAAGUCUGUAUUUUCAUUAGCCGGAAGGUAUUUAGCUGAGGCAGUGGAGUUUAGCCAAACGGCCUGCAGACUAUUGAAACAAAGAGUAAAAACUGGCGCGGAUCAAAUGAAGUGGAAUGCUGAAUUGGAACGCCGUUUAUGUGUCAAAUUAUUUACAAACUUGUUCUUCACAUCUUAAAUAAGUCUUGUUUUGUAUUUGGUGAUUUGUGCCCAAUAAAGAGAUGACCGCGUCUCUCCAGAAGCA